AUGCAUGACAAGAAGACUUUUUUCCCUUACCUGCUGGCGACAGAGGGAACUGCGUGCGCCCUGCAGCAGCUUGACACGGCUGGCCGUGGGCCGGUCAGCCACAGAGGCCAGCAGCCAGCACAAGCAUUUCGCGUGCGGCGCGACCGGCGGAUGUCAGCGCAGCGACCAAUUGGCAGGCGGCCGCCCGGCACUUGUCCGCGGGCCCACGGCCCCGCCCACCCGGCAGGGGGCGGCCGAGUUGACCCGCGGCGGGCCGGGUCGCGGCUCGUACGUGUGCGGGGCGCGGGACCGCCGCCGGGCGCCCAGGAAUCACGGCACUUGACCCCGCCCUGGCGCCGCGCCGCGGCCGCGGGUCGGGGCGUGCGGCCCACUCGCUGCCGUCUGGCCUCACCGGGAGGGCAUACAUUCCACGUCCGUCACCAGCUGAAGGCGGGUGACUCCACAGUGCCCACCCAGCAGUGUAAGGGUCGAGGAGCCACCUGCCACAGAGGCCGCGGUCGGCGCUCCGAGUCACGACUCGUGAGCCCCGGGCGUGGCAAACAGAGCGCCGUGCGGCGCGCGGCGCGGCUCGAAAAGUGUUUCCCGCUAAUGAGGCCACUGAGCGCCGGCGCUGAGUCAGGCGGCGGGCUCCCCGACGCCUGCGAUGGCGCCUGCUGCCCGCUCGCCCCCGCCCGGCCCGGCGUCCCGACGCCGCAAUUACGCGCCGUCGGCCUGUCUCCGCCGCGUCUGUCGCCUGACAAGGCCCGCGGCGGCGGGGGCGGCGGCGGCGGCGGCGGCGGCGGCAGCGGCGGGGGUGGGGCGCGAGGCGAGGGACGGGGCGGGCGCCAGAGGCCGGCGAGCGAGCCGACACACCCACCCGCGCACACUCAUUUGUUUCGUUCUGCAGCCCAGCGAGCAACUGGUCCGCCGCGAUGGGUUCUCUCGGCCUGCCCUGUCCUGCUGCACCCAAUUGGCCGCAGCUGCAGGGAGACAAGCCUGCCCAUCCAGCUGCCCUCGGCGAUCCCACUGUGUACUCCACCUCCGACACGGUACGCCCACUCGCUGGCGUCGACAUUUACUAGCAACUAG